CCGAACGUGCGUCGAACACAGGAAGUUGAAUUAUCAGCUGAUCCUGCUGGCUGUUGUUGAUGCCUGAAGUUGCUGUUGUUUGGACACUGUGUUGCUCUUAUCUGCUGCUGACAUUGAAGACACAUUAAACCCGACCAAGGGACACGGUGGGCAUUUACCGACUGACGAGCUUAUGAGUUACGAGACAAGCGUCUCACAGUGAGGACUUUGAAUUUGCGCACUAGCGGCAGAAGAGCUAGCUCCAAAGCUUGAACCUUCGGUGAAAGAAAGACAAGCGAAAAAAAGAAAAGAAAAAACUGCCGACGGCUUGGCGUGCUGCCUUUGUUUAUGUCGUGCUAGUCUGAACCGCGAUAUUAAUUUUCGUUGUCUUGAAUUUAGAAUAGUUCUGCACAUACGUUAUUUAUCUUUGUACUUUAUUACCAGUACGCGGAGGGUCAGCUAGCUCCUCAGCUAACGUUAGCCCAUAGCGCAAAAAAAAAACAAACUCUCGUUGUCAAGCUUUGAUGCUUUCGUAACCGCCCAGCAGUGUCAGAUAACGAUAGCUAACCGUGCGAAUAGUCGUGCCUCUAGUUUGAAGUGCUUGUCACUGGAUCAGGUGCUUUGUUGGUGUGUUGGAGACACAGGACAGCACUGUAACCGAACAAGUCCAUGUUAAAUCGGAGCCUGCUGGAGAUGUGUGUGUCUGUUUAACACGUCUGACUUAUCUGUUUGUUUAUUCCUGACUUCGAGCCAAGUGAACUCAGUUGUUUGUUUUUUUUCUUCUUCUUAUCCGUAUCGAUUUUAAACCACACAAACAAGUAAUAGGUUAACUGACAGCUGGCCUGGUACGUUUUAGGUUGGCUGGCAGGUUGCGUAAUUUGUGUGCAAGCUGGGGGGAACUUGUUAAACUGUUAUUUAAAACGUAUGUAUCUCUGUAAGCAUUAGGUGUUCAGCCACAGGUGGCUCUGUGGAUGUCAUUUUGACUAUUCACAUAACACAUUUUAAUCACAUAUGACGUGAGAAAGCGGCGACCUUUCACUGUAACCCAUAGACUGAGUAGCUGUUUGAUGCUCACACUCAGAGAAACAAGUAGAUAGAGUUAUGAAUUAAAGUAGCCAUCUGAAACUAUUGUGCGACUGUGCUGUGAUCAGGGAAAGACAGGCGAAGAGAAAGGGUCCCUCAGAGGGUCCCAUUGUGUGUUGAGGUGAGGUGAGCUGAGCUGACCACUACUUGCCAAUGCUGGAUCUGGAGGUGGUGCCUGAGAGAUCACUAGGAAAUGAGCAAUGGGAAUUCGCAUUAGGGAUGCCAUUGGCCCAGGCCAUCUCUAUUCUGCAGAAACACUGCCGCAUUAUUAAAAAUGUCCAGGUGCUAUACAGUGAACAGACGCCACUCAGCCAUGACCUCAUACUGAACUUGACUCAGGAUGGGAUUAAACUGCUGUUUGAUGCCACAAGUCAGAGACUCAAGGUGAUUGAAGUGUAUGACCUGAGCAAAGUCAAGUUGAAAUAUUGUGGAGUCCAUUUCAACUCUCAGGCCAUUGCCCCCACGAUAGAGCAAAUAGACCAGUCAUUCGGAGCUACGCACCCUGGAGUUUACAAUGCUGCCGAGCAGUUGUUCCAUCUCAACUUUCGCGGCCUGUCCUUCUCCUUCCAACUGGACUCAUGGAAUGAAGCUCCAAAAUACGAGCCUAACUUUGCCAUGGGUUUGGCCUCCCUGCAGAUUCCACACGGGGCCAUGGUCAAGAGGAUGCACAUCUACACUGGUAACAACCUGCAAGAAACAAGAGCUCCGGCAAUGCCGUUGGCUUGUUUCCUUGGUAACAUCUUUGCAGAGUGUGUGGAUGUCCUGAGAGAUCGGGCAGGGCCUCUGGGGCUCAAACUCCGCCUUCUCACUGCAGGCUGCGGUCCGGGUGGGAUGGCUGACGGUAAAGUGAGGUCCCUAGAAAGGAGCAUCUACUUUGGAGAUUCUUGUCAGGAUGUACUGGGUGCUCUGGGUUCGCCUCAUAAAGUCUUCUACAAGUCUGAGGACAAGAUGAAGAUCCACUCUCCAUCUCCUCACAAGCAGGUUCCUUCCAAAUGUAACGACUACUACUUCAACUACUUCACCCUCGGAGUGGAUAUCCUGUUUGACUCUACAACUCACCUGGUUAAAAAGUUUGUCCUCCAUACCAACUACCCUGGACAUUACAACUUCAAUAUAUAUCAUCGCUGUGACUUUAAGAUUCCACUUGUCAUUAAGAAAGAUGGAGCUGAUUCUCAGACGGAGGACUGCAUCUUAACCACCAACAGCAAGUGGGAUCAGAUUCAGGAAAUGCUCGGUCACCCGAUGGAAAAACCAGUCGUGCUCCACAGGUCCUCGUCAGCCAAUAACACCAACCCCUUCGGCUCUACCUUCUGCUUUGGACUGCAGAGGAUGAUCUUUGAGGUGAUGCAGAAUAACCACAUAGCAUCAGUGACCCUCUAUGGUGCUCCACGGACCGCUAGCCAAGCCCGACCUGAAUCCAGCAGUAGUUCCCACUGAACAAGUCACCAGAACCACAUCUCAUUCUGGCCUCUCCCGAAUCUAGCACCUCUGCUGACUGAACCUCUAACCCAGAGCCAGAUUCGUAACCAAGCAGACCUACCAAGUCAACAACAAAGUCAUUCAUACCCAGCGCAGAUGCUACUCAUCGAACCGAAACGCAACCAGAAUAACCAAGUCCGACCUGGCAUUUAUCACCUUUUUUUCCUGGUGGGUGGUCCUAAGACUUACUCUUCUGAUCGGACACACCCAGUCGGCACAGUCAACCCAACCCAGACUAGCUCAGGGUCGAGUGACAUGGUCGCAGUGCUGGACCACUGAUGCUUUGAAAUGAGACAAAUUUAAAACGACGUCUUGGUUGUGUGGGAAUAUCACAGUGGGUGCUGCAAACUGACGUGGUGAAGAAAUCUGUGCUCAACUAGAGCUCUCCUGUUUCCAUCCAGUGACUGAAUUUGCCCAGGACCACAGAAGAAAAAGUUUGUCCAGACUGUAGUUUGGAUGCCAUGGUUCCACCAGUAAGGUGUCAUGGCAGCCUGUAUAUGACAAUAACCUCCAUUACAUUUUGUGGUGAAAUGAUUCAGCAUUUAAUUCUCAUCGUGCUACAAAUCUCUUAUGGAAAACUGCAGUGGCCAAAGUCUUGAAAACAAACUCUUGCUCGACCCACUGAAUAAACAUCAAGCAUCAACCACACUGCCAGCCCAACCGGUACCGCCUGUCUUCCUGCCGCGACUUCAGAACCAGGCCCGACUGGCUCAAUGGAAAGCCAAGACGCAUUAACAACCGCAAGAACCAAACCCGCCCGUCCCAAUCGAGAGCCAUUAGAGCCAAACGCAUCGGAAGCUGCAGAGGACUGUAACAAAAACACA